UGAUGUCAAUCCAAAUCCUCCACUGACAAAGAUGCCUAGGAUUCCCACUAUUCUGUUUCCUGCAGAUGAAUUACCUCGGCCUGCCGUCAUUGGACUGGGAGGAAGUAAUGGAUCAUAUGUGGACAGUGCUACAGCCAUAAAGGAAAUUCUAGCUUCUGUUUUAAAAAUUCCAAGCGCUGUCAAAUCCACAUUAACUGUGAACACGGAUAACCAGGACAGUGAUAUGGACAACUGGGAGGAAAGCAGCGACGAUGAUUCAGAUAGUGAUCCUGAUUGCACCCAAUCAGUUUCCUUUUCACACCAUGACGUUCGAUUGACUAGACACAAAGCAUCAUGGGAUAACUCUCAGUCAGACUCUCCCAUAACCUUUGCAGUGGAGCCAACCACUUCCUCACAUAAAGAUCCCAUCACAAGCUCAGAGGAUGGUGAUCCUGAAAUGGGACUUUCACCUUUCGUAAAAUGCGACCAGUGCGUAGAAGUCAUUUUAACUGGAUCUAAGCUGGACUUGCCUGUGAACUCCCUAAAAGAUAGACGUUUCUCUUCUCCAAAUCUUUCCACUCUUCAUUUUAACUUAAAUCUGAAUCGACAUCCACAUUAUCCCCCAUCAGAAGAAAACCUUAUGCCCCUAAGUGCAGCUACACUGGACACUGACACCUGUCCUGUGGAAGACAGAAAGACUUUCCACCGUAGGUCAAAGUCUUAUUCCAGCAUUCCUAAAGCUGAGCAUUCAGUGACUUUAAGCCCAGCAAGCCUUCAUCACACUGCUGAAGAUCUCUUUGAGCCAGCUGUAAACUUGGAGAAAGAGAAUGAGCACUUCCUGGCAGCAGAUCUGUUCAUAGCUGUGGUUGAGAAAAUGAAGAGCCAUUGGCAGUAUGAGCAGUGGAAGACAGAGGGAGGCAUGUACUGGAUGAAGAGAGAUCAAGAUGAGCUUUGUUUCCACAGGAAGAAAGCAAAUUCUGAAUCUGCUGUUUCUGUUGAUAGUGGAUAUGAGGGUCUGGCUGCAUUGCAGAAUUCUCCUGCAGAAACUAUUUUUGAGGAGGAUGAAUCUACACAAUGCAUCAACACUGACGUGUAUAAAGACUAUGAUGAUGAUUUCGUAAUUAUAGAACCGGAAGACUAUGAGAAGUUAUGCACACCUAAGCAAUCCAAUGACAUGCCUGAAAGACACCAUUCAGAGGGAUUAAAUUCUGCUGAACACACUGCCAGGAAUUUAUACCGAGCUUUCCGACAGCAAUGGAUGCAGGUUGAUGGGGAAGCUCCACUACCGAGAAGGAUCACAGCUGAGGUAUUGGCUGGUAACCAUCCCAGAGCGGAGGAAUUUGAAUCCAGUGUAAGUCUUGUGGAGGAGAUAAAGAAGUUCAGGAUAAGGGACACAGAAGAGUGGUCUCCACGGUUUCACAUCAUUAGCACUGUACAUACAUACGUCAAGAGAGAUGUAAUUGUUGCAUCACAAAACUAUCUAUGUGCGGGCUGUGGAACAAAAGUCGAGCCAAGGUACACCAAUAGGCUGCGGUAUUGUGACUACCUGGGAAAAUACUUCUGUGACUGCUGUCACAGUUACACUGAGAGCUCCAUUCCAGGUCGCAUUCUCUCUAAAUGGAAUUUCAGUAAAUACUAUGUCAGCAACUUUGCUAAGAGCAUCGUGGACACAAUCUGGGACAGUCACCAGUUCAAUGUGCAGACUGAAAACCCAGCACUGUACAAGAAAGUGAAGGACCUAAACCGAGUCCGAGAAGUUCAAGAGCAGUUAAUUCACAUCAAGAAAUUGGUGGCAACGUGUCGUUUUGCAGAUGGGGUUAUAAAGGCCUUUGAAGAGGUGCCCCCUCACCUGACAAAAGAGCUACAUCUCUUCACAUUAAGUGACCUCUACAAAGUUAAGCAAAAAUCCCUCUUGUUGCCACUUCGGGAACUGCUAGCCACUGCUGUGGCUCAUGUGGACAAAUGUGAGUUGUGCCAAGCCAAGGGGUUUAUAUGUGAAUUUUGCCACCAUGUGGAUGUGAUCUUUCCAUUCCAGACAGAGAUCUGUAGAAGAUGUGAAGUUUGCAAGGCAUGCUAUCACAAGCAAUGCUUCAAGACAGGCGAGUGCCCAAAAUGUGCCCGAAUAAAGGCGAGGGAAGCCUUGAGAAAUGACUCUCCGUUAACAUCAAGUAGUGAAAUGGACUCCAACACUACGCAGUAA